GAUAAUAAUUAAGCAAGAAAAUACUAUUCCCUCUCUAAUGAACAAUCCACUCAUUCCAGUAAUUGAAGAGCAUGAUUACCCAUGCACUAUUUGCAUUAGCAAGGCCGAAUCAGAAGAGAAUCUCGGCAAGAUGAUGGAAGAGUUCUACGGAAACUACUCCACCUCCCAAGACUUCGAAGGCAGUGACAUUCUCUGGCUCUACGGAGAAGAGAUGGGAGAGUAUGACAGAGAAAUGUUCCAUCAAUUCGGCGGUUUCAUCAACAAGAUCUAUGGAACCAUGAUCUUCAAGCAGAAAGACUUGCAGUACACCAUCAUGAACCAAUGCAAGAAGUACCAUGCAGACAGGUACGGCUUCCAUCCAGCCAGCUACUCCCUGAUGAGAGAGUUCGACCUUCUGCAAGACGACAUCAAGAGUUCUGGAAGAGCCAAGUCUUGGAUAGCAAAACCUUCUGAAGGAAUGGAAGGAGGAGAUAUCUUCUGCUUUGAUACCUUCGAAGAACUUAUGGCUAAAGGCGUCCAGGAAGGCAUGGUUGCUCAGCAAUACAUCCACAACCCUCUGCUUCUCAAAGGCAGAAAGUGGGACGCCAGGAUGUACCUGAUUGUCCAUGGAAUCAACCCAAUGAGAGGCUAUGUAUCAUUUGACUGCGGAUUUGCAAGAGUCUGCACUGAUGAGUACGAGAGAGGGAAUGUAACCAACCCUCAUGCCACCAUCACAAAUGGACUCAGAAAUGUUGACCAUCCGUAUUACGUGUCCGAGCCAGAAGACGAAGAAGAUGAAAAUCAAGUCUACCACAGAUACCCACUCACUCGUGCUUGGGAGCUUGCUUCUGAGAACCUUGACGACCCCGAACCCGAUCUUGAGAAAAUGAAGCAGGGGGUCAAAGAUCUUGCAAACUCAUUGCUCAGGUGUUACAGAAGCUCUAUCGAAGCCGAACAAGCAGACUUCAUAGAGAUGGAUGGUACGAGAGACAAGAAUGACAAGCUCUUUAACAUCCUCGGACUCGAUGUCAUGUUCGACGCUGACUUGAAGCCGUGGCUGUUCGAAACCAACAGAAACCCAGGCAUGUCACUAACCUACCCAGUGCUGGACGAAGACGGAGUUGUCAUUCAGAAAAACUCCAAAAUUGCGACUGGAGUGAAAUGUAACCUAAUCAACGAAGUCACGAAGAUCCUUGUUGGUAAAGAAGACAGUAAGAAGUUCGCAAAAUGCUACGACAACUCAGACCCAGAGACCGGUGACGCUGACUUUAUCUACGAAAAAGUGUUCCGGGUUUUCAAAGACAUCUGAGGCAAGAAACUGAAGAGGGCUCUCUCAGUCCACGACUUCAUCACUUUCGUAAGUUCGCUUCCAGAAGACCUUGCUGAAGAUGUCCGAAGCGAUGAGAUCGUGAACAAGCUGACUCUUAAGAACAAAUCAGAGAUCACGCUACCAGAAUUCUUUUCUGGGUUGGAGAUUCUAUCAGAAUCUGUAUCUAUGAGCCUUCCUUCAUUCCUCACAAGGGUCGAAGGGGAAUAAGAUAAAGUUUCAAUUAAUUUUUAUA